UAUAUUCAAACAUGAUCAAAGUUCACCCAUACGUUACAGGCAGUGUGUUAAUACAAAGCUGUUGGCUCGAAUUAAGCGAACGACAAUGGAGGCUGUGCGGCUGUGUUAUUACACAGUGUUGGUGUGUUUGUUUUAUCACCUGAACCCGUCUGAGGCCUGUCCAAAGUCCUGCUUUUGUCGUGACUACUUUGACAACAAUUACUCUGUGUCUUGCAAUGGACCAACUAUCUCAGCCAUUCCAAGGGACAUUCCCAAAAAUGUGACCGACUUGGAUAUCGGCAACACCCAAAUAACCAUGCUUCGACGAGGUGAUUUUGUUGACAUGCCAAAACUCACUUCUUUGAGAGUCGGGUGGAAUGAAAACCUUACAAUGGUGGAAGAGGGAACAUUCGACAACUUACUGGCACUGACGUCUCUUAGACUUGACAACAACACUUUCACCAAGCUGCCUGCUGGACUCUUCACCGACCUGAAAAACCUUGCCCAAUUCGAUGCCAGAGCCAGCAAACUGGAGACGAUCCCACGUGGCCUGUUCACAGAUCAUCCGGCAUUGGAAGAGAUUCAGCUGUUUAACAACAACAUUGUCGAUCUUGAAGAGGAAGCAUUCGCCAGGCUACCACUACUAAGAUCCGUGGAUCUCAGCUCUAAUAAACUCACGUCUCUUUCCGGGCCCAUCUUUCAGGGUUCUGGGAAGCUGACCAAAUUGUCUUUUCAAAAUAACUACAUUGUCACUCUUGACAAUCAUGUAUUCAUAGACAUACCAAACAUUGAGGAAUUAGAUCUGAGCAAAAACGACAUUGAAGGCAUUGACGUUGGUGCAUUUUAUGCCUUACAGCACCUAAGCAUUGUGAAUUUGAGUAACAACAAAAUCACGAAAAUUGAUAACAUCUUUUACAGCCUUCCUAAACUCCAUACCAUCUAUCUGUAUGCUAACAAAAUUUCUGUUAUCCUCAAUACAACCUUCGUUGCCCUACCUGCUUUGAGCACGUUGAACCUUGAAGACAAUGCCAUCAUUGCGGUAGAAGGCGGUUCAUUCCAAGAUCUCGGCAACCUUCGGUCCCUGUCUUUGAAUUCAAAUCAGAUUUCGCAGAUUUCACUGACAGGUCUCCACUCCGUAACCGAGCUGUACAUAGGUUCUAACAAACUGCACCAGUUCCCCAGUAACCUGGGUGGUGCAGACCAUCUUCAGACAUUGGACCUUAGUGACAACCCUAUCCAAGAACCGCUAGGUCCUGAACAAUUCUCUGCUUUUCCCAGACUCUCCAAACUGUUCCUAUCCAACAUCAGCUACCUGAAAUCGGUAGGGACUUUCGAACCGACAGUGCUGUGUGGGUUGGACUUCCUGGACACUUUGGACCUGUCUUAUAACGGGCUCAUCGACAUCGCACCUUUUGAAUGCACACCGACCAUCACUGACCUCCGGCUAUCUUAUAACAACCUGACUUUCAUCGCAUCAUCCCUGUUUCACAGUCUGACUCAGCUAGUUUCGUUAGGUCUGUCCUCCAAUCAACUCAGCUACAUGGACCCUGACACCUUCCUCGGAUUGGACAAACUGGUUUCCUUCGACUUAACUCUGAACAACUUCACCAACAUGGCUCACGUGGCUCCGGCCCUGGCUAAUCUACCUGUGUUUCAGGUUUAUCCAGACUCUCUGUAUGGAAACCCGUUCGUCUAUCUCGGGCCUGAGUCCUUUCCGACACCGAUGAAGAACGCCACCGGCUUCAACAUCCCAUCGGGACAUAUCCGUGUGGUUGACGAGGGGACUUUCUCCGCUACAUCUUUCCCUAACCUCACCAGAGUGCAGCUUACGGACAACCCUUUGCGCUUCCUCCCAGCCAGUGCUGUUGACAAACUCCCAAAGUUGACAGACCUUGUCCUGUUUGACAAUACGUUCAAAUGCGACUGCCAACUGAAAGGUCUCGCGACGUGGCUUAGGGAAAGCGGUAUUCCACGUGUCUUUCUGACCUGCGCCAGCCCUCCAAGUCUACGAGGCAAGGACCUACAGGACGUUCCGCUCGCCGACCUCACAUGUGACUGCCAACGCGAGGAAGCGCCCUCUAUCGACACAAGGGGGAGCGACACAUCCGUGCAUGAGGGCCAGACCGCCACGUUGAAGUGUAAGAUUUCAGGCUGUCCUGAGGCCGAGUUUUUCUGGACCACCCCAACAGGAGCCAUCCUGGCUGUGGAUUCAGGGUUCCCUCGAAUGGAGGUACUGGACAGCGGUACUCUGGUGGUGACAGAAUCAAGGGAAGAGGACACAGGAGUGUACAUCUGUACCGCUGUCAACUACCGAGGCAAGGCAAUCAAAGAAGUACCUCUGGUAGUGACAGGUUUCUGACAGCGAAAUUAGUUUUUAAUUUGUCGGCGAUUAACGGGUGCCAUCUCGUGCUCCAAUCUUACACCCCUAUCAAAUAUAGCCUUCUAUAGCUCUCCGAAGGUUCUGAAUGUGUGACAGGGGCUUUAACCAAUCGCAAUCGCCAAGUACAUUAUGCACACCACUCAUUUUUUGGUUUCUUAAAAUUUAAGAAACCAAACUUUUGUUACCCUUUCUGUUUUACUUUUCAUACCCCUUUGCUCAGGCUAAAUGUGGCUUAUUUUAAUGUGGAGAUUUUAUUACUUUCUUUGUUCGUAGCUUACGCAAAAAAAAAUCAUUGUCCUAAACAGGGCGCAAUUUGCAUAAAUAUUAAAAGAAGUUGAUUACCCUGGAACAACGAGAAAUUAGUUUACAUUAUGUAGUUGCUUAGAUUAAGAUGUUUAAUGUACUAAUGGUGAUAGUGGAGAUCCCAACGUGGAUAUUUAAUUACUCCUCUACCUUCAACUGUGUUUAUGAGAUUUCUGGACCAUCGUAAUAAGUAACCAAUUAUGCGUUAUUCACUGACGAUACACAGAGGACGGAAAUGAUAAAGUUAACAACACUUUUUUUAGUUCAACUGAAUCGUACCAAAUCAUUAUUUGUACUUAAAUUAGACAAUGUGUUGAAUACAAUUACUACAUGUACUAUUAUACAGCGCUAGCCUAACUUACCAGAACAGUCUAUACCACACAAUCUAGCUCUAUUAUCUACAGCUUAUUCUAACCAUCUACGUAUGGUGAUUGAUGACGUUGGAACAGUUUUGUUUCGUUUGAACAGAAUUGAAUGAAAACGUCUGAGUAUAACGUUGUAUUGCUUAAAUCUU